GAGUUCAGAUCUUAAAACAUUUGGCCAACUUCUUCACCUCUCCACUUCUUCGUUCACAAAUUUGAGCUGAGAUACCUUUUCUCUGGCCUGCCUUGGAGGACUAACAACUCAUGGAAUAUCCAAAGUUUGUGGCAAGUUUACAUUUUUAAUACUUUUCUGGACUUAUUACAUACUGCCUUUGGAAGCGCUCCCAGGACAGGAGAGUUUUCUGGUUUGUAAGUACUUUACUUUCCUUUUCCCCCCCCCUCGUUGGAGUUUUGGGGGGCACAUGCGAUGUCACGGACUAUUAAAAGAAGAAAGAAAUGUUUAGUUCUGUGGUUACCAUGCGAAGGUGUUUUUUGAGUUUAUUUUUUUAAACCAGUUGAGCAACUGGCGACAGGACUCUAUAAUCAAUGUGGUGUCAGCUGGAAGGACGCGGGGUCCGGAUCUCACCUAAACGCUGAUACGUCUUGGGAGUGAUGCACUGGCUUCCCCUGGUUGCCAUGGUGAUUGCCUCGGCCCUGCCCUUUCCUCACAACCCUGUGUCCAGGAUUGCUGCCGCGACGACAGAGCCUGGCUUUGACAACCGCAGAGAGCACCGUCAUGACCCGGCUGCUCGCCUCGCAGCUCCCCCUGUGGACUACAACUUCCAUGGAAAUGCCUCACAAACUGACUACAAUAUGGCAGAUGCUCUUAGCCAACACACCAACAGACAAAACCUCCAGAACCGUAAGGAUUAUGUGAAAUCCUCCGUAGAUGAAGAGAUUUCCACGUUCAAAGUGGAGAAUCAAAGACCCUACCAAUCAAAUAGCAACUCAGGCAGUGAUUACAAAAGCAGUGUCAGUUUGGAUGUUCCCACAGAAGGAGGAGCACUCAGGGCCCAGGAUAUUUCCAAGGAUAAUUCUCUACCAAAGGACUACAAAGCUGACAGCAGCAGCAGGCAAGAUUACUCCAGUUUUUUGGACUUUUCCAAGAAGGACAAUCUUCAGGACUCUACAGAAAGACUGUUGCAGGUUUCUACAACGGAAACCCAUAAUGCUGUCAGUCCUGCUGCUAAUCUAAAGGGUCAAAGAGGACCAGAACCAACUGUUCCCUUGGAGAAACUGAGAGAUGCACCUACAGGAAGCCAGUGGACACUGGGGGCUGGAAGAGGUCUGGACGAGGAGAGCUUGAACCUGGAGGCAGGGCUGGAUCCGGGGACCAGGCUGGAUAAGUUCUUAGAAGGAGACGAGAUGUUUCUGGAUGCACAUCCACGAGUCCUGUUCUCACCCUCCCCGUCGCCUCCAAAAAACCCCCCUCUCCUGCUCAUGUUAGAGACUGGCCUGCUGGAGGAGGACAGGGACAGAGAGGAGCAGGAGGACAUGGACGGACACAUCGAGGGACACGGGGACCGCGCGAUCGACAGGAGCACGACUUUGAGUUGGGCAGACUCUUCCAGAGUUACCGCUGAUGUUGCCCGUCCGGUUAAAAGGGAUAAACGCUCGCACUUGAUUGACAGAAGGAGAGGGGAAAAGUCGGUGUGCGAGGCGGAAAGUGUUUGGGUUACUGACAAGACGACUGCCAUCGAUUCCCACAACCAGGAGGUCACCAUCUUGCAGGAAAUCCAGACCCAGACAGGGCCACUCAAACAGUACUUUUAUGAGACUCGCUGCCGCCAGGCCGAGCAGCUGAGCAAUGCUAGCAGGUCAAAGGGUGCCAGUGCAGCAGCGAAAUCUAUGGGAACAGGCGUGGCCGGGGGCGGCUGCUUGGGCGUGGAUAAAAAACAGUGGGUGAGUGAGUGCAAAGCCAAGCAGUCGUAUGUCCGAGCGCUCACCAAAGACGCAAACAACAGAACCGGAUGGAGGUGGAUCCGAAUCGACUCGUCCUGCGUCUGUGUGCUGCUGUCCAGAGCGAAUCAGGCAGUGGGGAGGGAGGUCUUGACGGGGAAGGGGAGAGGCUGAGAGAGAGAGGGGAGGGGGGAGACAGAGAGAGAUGGCAGGAAGUAGAAAGUGACAUAGAGCAGAGCAGCUGUGACAUCCUUCUGUGUGCACUUUCACUUGCUGGUGGUGUUUCCUUAAACAUGAUGGAUUUGGUUAUUUCUGCUGUAAUCCAGUUCUUCAUAUAUCUCUCUCUUUUCCAUCCCUCCCUCCACCUUCAACAAAUGACUUUUGAAAAAACAAGAAGACCUCAAUACUAGAUCUUAGGGAAAAUUGUCCUAUAUAGAGAUUUUACUUUAAAAAGUACUGUUUUUGUAUGAUUUGUCUUUCAUAAUCUAAAUUAUUUUUGAUUAGUAUGUAAGCAUGUGUCUUUGAUAUUAAUAUAUUCCUUUAUAUAUGUGUACAAUAUGACACCAGUAUACCUUUACUGUAUGUAUGAAGCUAUGUAUAACUGUGUGUAUUUAUAGAAGAAGUCUUCAUGGAGUGGUAGGUCUCUCCAGUGUCUGAUGAUAAUUCCAGCCUCUGGUCUGCUCGGGUUGUGAGAGGAAGGAGCGCCACCUACUGAGGCUCCAUUUUACUGCUCCACACUGUUCCCAUGUGGAUUACCAUGAAUAUUGUAACAGUGCCUUUAACAACUGAGUGUGAUGGGGGAAAUGUAUUGGAUACAGAAACUAUAGCAUGGCAACACUCAAGCAUGACUUCACUCAGGCUGAUGAUUUGACCGUUUUGUGGCAGGAUACAUCUCCGUCAGUGGAACUUGUUAAAUGUGUUUCAUGAAUAUUAUAUGACACCUAAAUAAGCAAAUUUUCCCAUCUGCUGGUGUGUUAAGUUAGCCUGCCAAAUGUGGUAAUAAAGGAUCUUUGUACUCAGCAAAUUCUUAACUGAUAUAAAUACGCAGAAUUGAA